AUGUGGGGACGUAACUCAGCCCCAACACCAACUAAGGUGAGAACGAAGAUGAUAAAGGAGAUGGAUGAACCAAGAGUAGAUGCCACCAUAUACAGACAAUUGAUAGACUCCCUAAGAUACCUUUGCAACACUAGACCUGAUCUUGCAUACAAUAUUGGAAUAGUUAGUGGGUUUAUGGAGGAGCCAAAUAGAAAAAGCACUCCAAGGAAACAAAAUGUUGUGGCAUUAUCAAGUUGUGAGACCGAGUAUAUAGCAACUACACAUGGAGCUAGCCAAGCACAAUGGAUGAACAUGUUGAUGAAAGAGCUGAGAAUACAAGAUAAACAAGUGACAAAGCUGAAAGUGAACAACAAAUUUGCAAUCCAUCUAGCAAAAGACCUGGUGGCUCAUGGGAGAAACAAACUUAGAGAUCAAGUAUCAUUUUUUGAAAGAUCAGGUCAAUAA